AAUCCACCCGAGCUCCAUUGAUUGCGUAGAGCCCGUUGUGCGUUCUCAUCCAUCCUCCCAUCCAAUCGGAGUUUGCAAGAGAGAUAGAGCGAGAGGCUAGACCCGUUAAGCAGCAAUGGCGGCCGUGCUGAGGAGAGCCGUGGCGCAGCGCUUCGCGUCGGCGGCGUCGCCGUCGCCGGCGGCGUUCGGGCUCCGGCGGUUCCUGCAGGAGCAGCCGGCGUUCCGGCCCGCCGUGCCGCCCGACCGCUUCAUGCCCCUGGCCGACCGGAUCCGGGACCUCGGGGUCGGCGUCGCCUUCCCGCGGAUCAACCUCGACGGCCUCGUCCCGCCCGCAGCGCCGGCCAGGCGGGAGGCGGACGCGGCGCGGGACUUGCCGCCGGCGAGCCUCACGGUGGAGGAGGCGCGGAAGGUGCUGCGCGCCACGCAGAUGGAGGCGGCGCGCGCCCGGAUUCGGGCGUCCGGCGCCGGCGCCGUGCCGUACGCCGAGUUCCUGCGCCUCUGCUGCGACGCCGCCGGGCCGGACGCCGGGCCCUCCGUCGCGCGCGCGCUCGACGAGUCCGGAUCCGUCAUCGUGCUCGGCAAGACCGUCUUCCUCAGGCCCGAUAUGGUUGUCAAGGCCAUCGAGAAGGCCAUUCCCGUCCGUGAAACGCUGCCCAUCGCCCAGAACGACCCGGCCAGAGAGGAGCUGAAGGCCAUGGAGGCGCAGAAGGUGGACAUUGACCGCGCCGCGGCAUCCCAGGUGCGCCGGGAGCUGUGGUGCGGGCUGGCUUACCUGGUGGUCCAGACGGCCGGGUUCAUGCGGCUCACCUUCUGGGAGCUCUCCUGGGACGUGAUGGAGCCCAUCUGCUUCUACGUGACGUCCAUGUACUUCAUGGCCGGCUACGCCUUCUUCCUCCGGACCAAGAAAGAGCCCUCGUUUGAGGGCUUCUUCGAGAGCCGGUUCGCGGCCAAGCAGAAGCGGCUGAUGCAGGCCCGUGGCUUUGACCUCCGCCGGUACGACGAGCUCCGGCGAGCCUGCGGCCUCCCGCCGGUGCUCCAGGCCCGGACCCCAUGCUCGACGGUGACGCCGUCGGCGAAGGAGGGCGGACACUGCCAUUGCCAUUGAUCCUGUUCGUUCCAUUCGUUGCUUUUUUUUUUCAUGCCCAUUUGGUGGGGAUGAUUCGUGUACCCUGUGAUGCGCGGAUGCAAAAGCAUACUGCUCAAAUUGAGGCGAUGACGAGCCAGAUUUAAAGUUGAAACAUGUGUCCUGAUUGGGUGCU